AGUUACACAUCAACGGCUGUUGACUUGACACAAGCAAAACAAUAGAACAAACAUCAGCAACAGCAGCGCGACAGAAACACCACACUAUUCACUCUCUAAAAGUCGACAAUCGUCAAGGAGAAGAUCCAUAGCGUAUGACCACCCAAUAACUCAAACCCGCAGUUAGCAAUCAUUAGUAUCAACUAAGCUAUCGCUGAUGCUACACAUUCACGUUAGCCAGCCGUAGCGUGCAUUGAACGUUAACGUCUUUCGGGGGACGCUUGGUUCGCUAGCUUUGCUUUUCACUUAACGUUACAUUCAACGUGGAAAUGCAAUAAGCAGUGUGUUACUGUGAAGUGCCUCUACCUGCAGCCCAUUUAACACAACUUUUCUAAAUCUCCGUUUAACAAAGUCUGUCUUCCUACGUGCAGGGAGGAGGGGGAGAUGUCGUCCCGUUGGUGGCGGUUCGGCUGGGACAGGCACAGCGAGGUGGACCUCUUCUCGGACCGCACUGACCCCGAUGCGGAGACCCUCUCUCAGGCCAUCAGGGCCGCAGCUUCCGAGGAGCCGGACGCCGAUGGCAGCGUGCUGUUCGGCCACCUGCAGGGCACGGUGGUCGGCCUUAGAUACUACACGGGGCUGGUGAAUCGAGGUGAAAUGGUGGGUUUGGUGAGACAGCCCCAGAAUCAAUACGACCCCAAUGCAGUGAUGGUCGCCAACAUUUAUGGCAACCAAGUGGGUCACAUCAAGCGGGAGCUGGCAGCAGCUAUGGCCCACAUCAUGGAUAACAAUUUGGCUAAAGUUGAGGGGGUGGUACACUCGGGUACGAAAAACUCCUUCAACAUGCCCUUGAUGCUGUCGUUCUGGGGGCGAGAGGAAAACAAAAAGGCAGUGAUGGAAAGCAUGGCCCGUCGCGGAUAUAAGCUCAACAUGGGAGGAGGCAAAGCAUCAGGUUCAAAUCCAAAUAGUCAAGGUGCUUGUGCAUUGCCAUCUAAAAAAGGCUUGACCAUCCCACUAACUGCAGCGGAGCUGAAGAAUGCAUUUGACAACCUCUUUGAUGACUUGAUGGAGAGUGAAGAUGGAGAGAAGCAAGCUUCUGAGUCUGUGGGCACUCGUCUCCUGCCUCACCAGAAGCAGGCGCUGUCCUGGAUGUGUGCGCGGGAAAACAAGUCUGCGCUGCCACCUUUCUGGGAGAGGAGGGGCGAGCUCUACUAUAACCGCCUCACAUGUUUCUCUGCCAAAGAAAUACCAGAGAGAAUCCGGGGGGGGAUUCUGGCAGAUGACAUGGGGCUGGGAAAAACUCUGACGACCAUUGCUCUGAUUCUCACCAACUUUCACAAAGGAAAGCCUCUGCCUUUGGAGAAAUGUGAUGAGCAGCCUUCACCGUUUAAAGCCAAAACUAAACCUGAGAUGGCCUCCAAACUGCCUGGAAGCACCAGUGCAGGCAGUGGAUCAGGCUCUAGUGAUGCAGCAGCUUGUUCGAUGCCCUCAACCCUUUCUCAGGUGGAUGUUAUCUGUGCUGAUUCAGCCGACGUAGGGAACAAGUCGGAGAACAGUACCAGCAAAGGAAAGAAAAAGGCCACCAAGCGAAAGCCCAUUAAUGAGGCCUCUACAUUUAUUGAGGAUCUGGACUUUGCUGCAGCACUCGGUGGCACAGCCAAUACAAGCCUAAGGAAGAAGAAAACUGCCACUCUGACACCAAGUGCCUGCGUGGACUUCUCUAUGGCUGAAAGUGCAGAUGACUUGUCAGUAAGAACAACUCUCAUCAUCUGCCCCCUCUCUGUGAUCAGCAACUGGCUGGACCAGUUUGAGCAGCACGUACGUGCUGACGUAAAGCUAAACGUGUAUCUGUAUUACGGCGCAGAGCGUAAUCGGAGCAAGACCUUUCUGUCCUCUCAGGAUGUGGUCAUCACAACCUACAACGUCCUCUCUGCCGAUUUUGGGAAUAAGAGUCCUCUCCAUGGGGUCAAGUGGUUGAGGGUCGUGCUGGACGAAGGACACGUCGUACGAAACCCUAAUGCACAGAUGAGUAAGGCGGUGCUUGACCUGAAAGCUCAGCGCCGCUGGAUAUUGUCAGGUACUCCUAUCCAGAACAGUGUGAAGGACCUGUGGAUGCUGCUGGCCUUCCUGCGGCUGAAGCCCUUCGAUACCAGGGAGUGGUGGAACAGAGUGAUCCAGAGACCCGUCACUCAAGGAGACCGAGCCGGCCUGCAGAACCUUCAGACCCUGGUGAAGUGCAUCACCCUGCGGCGGACCAAGGGCAGCGAGGUGAACGGGCGCCCCCUGGUGUCUCUGCCUGAGAAGACGGUGUGUGUGGAGCAGGUGGAGCUGAGCCAGUCGGAGAGAGAGGAGUACGAGCUGGCUCGCAACGAGGGCAGGAGUACCAUCGCCAGAUACGUGACUGAAGGGACAGUCUUGAGGAACUACGCUGACGUGUUGGCCAUCCUGAUGAGGCUUCGACAGCACUGCUGCCACCCUGAUCUGCUGGCAAAAGCCUCCUCAGACCUGGCCGCUGCAGCCACACCUGCGGAGAUGCGGGAGCGUCUGAUAGAGAAGCUGCGGCUUGUGUUGGCCAGCGGCUCUGAUGAGGAGUGCUCGGUCUGUCUGGAUUCGGUGCACCUGCCCGUCAUCACGCACUGCGCCCACGUGUACUGCCGGCCCUGCAUCGCGCAGGUUAUCAGCAGUGAGCAGGAAACAGCGCGCUGUCCUCUCUGUCGCAGUGAGAUCAAGGCUAGUGAACUGGUGGAGUUUCCACAGGAGGAAAUGGAGGAAGAGAAAAGUACAAACCCUGAUAAGUGGAGGACCAGCUCAAAGGUUCAGGCGCUGAUGGGAAACUUGCUCAGGCUGCGAUGUGAGGACGGCAGCAUUAAGUCAUUGAUCGUCUCACAGUUUACACGCUUCCUCACCAUACUGGAGACUCCGCUCAGAAAGCAUGGUUUCAGUUUUGUGCGUUUAGAUGGCACCAUGAGCCAAAAGAAGAGGACUCGAGUGAUCCAGGAGUUUCAGAGCGCUGCAGCAGACAGCCCUGCCAUCAUGCUUCUGUCACUCAAAGCUGGAGGGGUGGGGCUUAACUUGACUGCCGCCUCGCACGUGUUCUUCAUGGACCCUGCCUGGAAUCCAGCUACAGAGGAACAGUGUAUCGACCGCUGCCACCGCCUGGGACAGACUAGGAAAGUGUUCGUCACAAAGUUCAUUGUGAAAAGUUCAGUGGAGGAGAACAUGGUGAAGAUCCAGAGGCAGAAGCAGGACCUGGUGGAGAAGGAUUUUGGUUCCAAAAACCCUGAUAGGAAAACGUCUCGUAUGGAUGAUAUCAAAGCGCUGAUGGAGAUGUAGAAGUACCGUUCCCAUGUGGAUACAUCAGUUGCCAGAGUUCUUUGGCUCCAGCAGUUCACAUCUCAACGGGGGCAGUGAUCCUUUUUUGUACACAGUCAAUUUGCAAUUUACAUUUAGAAAUGUUUAAACAGUAUGAUUUAUUUUUCCCCGCAGUCUCUGGAUUGGAUUGGAAAUGUUAAUGUACACAAGCACCUUUAAGAACUCACCUGUUUAACUGAAAACAGGAAAUUAAAGAGACAUCCAUUUCUUACAAAA